CGCCCCUUAGAAUCCGUUGAGCCGUUGUACAACUAGCUCUACCCUACGGUCUAGUCUAGUGUCUACAGUUUUUGAAUCAGCCUUCGUUCAUUUAUGAUCAUAGAUUUUAAACGUAUUUAUACAAGAGAAAAACCAACCAAAAAAAGAAAGUACAUCAACUGUGACACAUUUUGUUUAAACGGAACAUUCUAUUUGUGUGGAGCUGAGCGGAAUCGUGAGUUUUCUACCCUGGUUUCCUUUACAAUUUGAAAUGUCUUGGCAGAAGGAAUAUGUCCCUGGAGUUCGAAAGACGACCCUGGGAUCAGGACGAGGCUCCAGCAUGCGCAACAAACCCUUGAACCUCAAUGUAAAAAGUUCUACUUACGACGGUGCAACAAAAUCGAUCCACUCUUCAUACAGCUUCCAAAACCAAGACAGUCAGUCAGAAAAUAAUUUGGGCUUCAGUAGCCUGUCUUUAAAAUCCAAAGGACCUCGGAGGAGUCUUUUGGGAAGGAGGUUUACACAGAAAUUUCCAUCGCUGCUAGACAACAGCAAAGAGGGCGAGGCGGCUUCAUCCAGCAGCUUCAGUUCCAUAAAGCCCCGCUACUUUUCUUCUCCCAAAAAUGAUAGUUCAAGGGAAAUGGUGACUCCGAAAAAGAUGCCAAAGACUCCUUCCCACCCUUUUCCAGAUCUCGACAAUUCCUCAUUUUUUGAAAAUGGUAUCAGUAAGUUUACGACAUGGAGUAUCUUCAAAACUGGAGCUAACAAUCGAGGUUUACAAUCACCACUGGAUAAAAAACCUUUCACGAAAUUACAGUUCAAACCAGUAAUGUCCCAAAGUACAUCUGUUUCACAAAAACCUAAUAAUUACAAUUCACACCAACGUUCUAAUUCUGAGUUGGUUUAUGAUGAUAAAUCUUUAUCUCUUGACAAUUCUCUAGGAACGCUUCCUUUAGAUUUAAUCAAGCAGAAUAACAGUUUUAGUUUUGAACAUAAUAAAGAGAAUCAUAAACUACUUCACUCGGCCAGUAAAGGUAAGAAAUUAAGUGUCGUUAAGGAAGAAGGUGAUAGUGUUAUGACAGAACUACCCAAAACUACUGACAAUAUUCAUUAUGAGCUUUUAAACAAAUGGAACUUGGUAAAGAAAGAAUGUGACACUAUUAGAAAAGAAUACGAUGAGAAGUUGAAAAAAAUGGAAAAUGUGGCUGAAGAAAUAUUAGAAGCUUUAAAAUACAGGUGUUUAAAAAAUAAUUGUACAUCGGAUGUUAUAACAAAAACUUCACCUACCACUCCAAAUGACAGUAUAGACAAAAGUAAUGAGACGAUAAUUGUCACUGAUCCUGUUACACCGUGUGACAGCUUCAGUUUAAUGGAAACUACAUACAGUAACUUCAAGACUUUUUAUUCGUACCUUAAACCACCGCAGAAUAAGGCAAGUGUGAAAAAUUCCAGCAGUAAAAAUUGCUACACACCAAAAUCCCUGUCCAGCAGUCUCAAGCAACAAAUGAAACAAAUCUAUGGAGAAGACAUUUGAAAUGUAAUUAAAUAACACAAAAUGUAAAGUGAUAAGUUGAUAUGUAAUUGACAUAUUAUUAUUGAAAUCCAGUAAAUAAUUAUUAAAUAAACCACUUGAGAAACUCUGGAAAAAGCUAUAACAAAUUAAUUUUAAAUAAUAAUUUUGUUAUGUCAGUUAUCCAUUUUGAACUAUGAAACAAUAAUUUAAUAAUAUAUGCGGAAGUGCCUUUCAAAUAGUGUCAGUUGUUUACAUUAAUAUAUUUUAUGUUUAAAUUCUCACAUUACUGUUAUUGCACUCUUUUUUAAAAAUUUUAUACUAUUUCAGUAAAAUUGUGAUAAUAAUUUUGUCAUCGAUAUUUAGUUUUUAAUUCCCAAAUCU